AUGGCUGAUGGAGCAAACCUGUGCUCGCUACCCUACCUUGCGUUCGAUGGUAUCGAUUCUAUUGAGAGCUCUGCCAUCGGCGCGCCCCCAAUUGCUCUCGAUGUGAACAUUUGCCCCAGACUUCGGCCCAGUCUAGAACUAGCCAGCCCAUUUUUCUAA